UUCUAACUUACUGAGAGAAGUCUUUAAUUAGUGUCAAGAACAGAACAAGGUUGAACAGGAUAGAAAAAAAAUGGGUGAAGAGCAAAGAAUCAUUGUUCCAAAAGUGAAACUGGGAAGUCAAGGAUUUGAGGUGUCAAAGUUGGGAUUUGGUUGCUCCAGCCUUACUGGAGUGUACAAUGAUCCUAUGCCAGAAGAGGCUGUCAUUUCUCUCAUCAAACAUGCAUUUGAGAAAGGAGUCACUUUCUUUGACACAGCAGAUACCUAUGGACCCCAUACUAAUGAGAUUUUGAUUGGAAAGGCUUUGAAGCAGCUACCUAGAGAGAAGGUUCAGUUAGCCACAAAAUUUGGCAUUGUCAAAUUUGAUAAUACUAGUAUUAUUAUACAUGGUACUCCUGAAUCUGUUCGCUCCUGUUGUGAAGCCAGUCUAAAGCGACUUGAAGUUGAAUACAUCGAUCUCUAUUAUCAGCACCGCAUUGACACAUCAGUACCUAUUGAGGAUACUAUGCAAGAACUUAAGAAGUUGGUGGAAGAGGGAAAAAUAAAGUACAUUGGUUUAUCUGAAGCUAGUCCUGAUACUAUAAGGAGGGCACAUGCAGUUCAUCCCAUUACCGCUCUUCAAAUAGAGUGGUCACUUUGGAGUCGUGAUAUUGAGCAAGAAAUUGUCCCACUUUGCAGGGAACUUGGAAUUGGGAUAGUUACAUACUGUCCUCUUGGCCGUGGUUUUUUUUGUGGCAAGAAAGUUGUGGAAAGUGUACCUUCAAACAGUUUUGUGGAAUCACACCCUAGAUUUCAAGGAGAGAACUUUAACAAAAACAAGAUCUUAUAUUCGCGUAUAGAAAAGUUGGCUGAAAAACAUGGAUGCACUCCUGCCCAACUUGCACUUUCAUGGAUUCUUCACCAAGGAGACGAUGUAGUGCCAAUUCCUGGGACAACGAAGAUAAUAAAUUUUGACAAUAAUAUUGGUUGUGUUGAAGUAAAGCUUACAAAAGAAGAUUUAGAAGAGAUUGCUGCUGCAAUACCCGUGGAAGAGGUGGCGGGGAGUAGGUUUAAAAAUGAUAGUUUUCUUCGUUACUCUUGGAAGUUUGCCAACACACCACCCAAAGGAUUUGUAUUAAUUAAUUGAUGAGCUUUUGAGCUAGCUUAGAUAUACCAAGUAAUGGUUGAAUAAUA